AUGGACACCUUCCUUCACCCCUCCACCAUCACCAACAUCAAGCUGAGAUCGUCACCAUGGACUCCUCACGGCAUUCCCAGUCCAUCAGAGAGUCUCAGUGUAGACAGCCUGAGGGGACUACUGUCCCGGAGCCCAAGUCCUCCACCAGCUCCCCACUGCACUGUCUCAGACAGCCUCAGACCCGACAGCCACACCCCAGAGGAGCUGAGGGGACUGCCGCCCUGGACCCCAAGUCCUCCACCUGCUCCCAGAAGGCGUCUCCCUCAAGGGAAUGGAUCCUACAUUCCCAGACUCAUGGCAAACAGAGACGUGAAACUUUUGGCAAACGGGCAGAAAGUGUUCACGCCCAAGAAACAGGUGGAUGAACUGAAGGAAGAAUUCCAGUGGAUUCUGAGACGCAGCAGUCACCGGACAGUCACAUGCAGGAGAGCGCUCCACCACAUGUUGGAUCAGGUUCUGGAACACCUGAUGCAGACUGUCCGGAGGAUGCAAAGCUCCCGCCACCACCAGAGCAUUGCUCCUGCCCCAAUCCGUCCCACGGUGUUUGUCCCACGGCCCCCGACCACACCGGCCCCAAAGUCCCGCCGCCGAAUCCGCACAACUCCCGUCCACAGAGGAGUUCCGUUGACAUCCACCAUCCAGGUCCACGGAACACCUCCAAAGUUCUAG